AGCAAGGUCUUUGCUAAAAAUCUACUUGAAAACAAUAUAUAGCAUUCUCCUGUUAGGUUUCUAAAGUCUAAACCUCUUUGAACGGUGAAUCUGAAUACACUUAAGGAUGGAGACGUCUUGUCUGGAGUUGGCCUUGGAGGGGGAGAGGCAGUGUAAGGUGGGGAAUUACCGUGCCGGGGUCUCCUUCUUUGAGUCGGCAAUCCAGGUUGGCACAGAGGACCUUCAGAUCCUCAGCGCCAUCUACAGCCAGCUGGGCAACGCAUACUUCCACCUGCAGGAGUACAGCAAGGCUCUAGAAUACCACCGCCACGACCUCAACCUCACCAGAACCAUUGGAGAUGAACUUGGAGAAGCAAAAGCCAGUGGUAACCUUGGGAACACUUUGAAGGUUUUGGGAAGGUUUGAUGAAGCAGUGGUCUGUUGCCAAAGACACUAUGACAUUACCAGAGGGAUGUACGAUAAGGUUGGGCAGGCCCGAGCACUGUAUAAUUUUGGCAACGUUUACCAUGCCAAGGGGAAAAGCAUCUGCUGGACUGGAGCAGAGCCAGGAGAAAUCCCUGAGGAGGCCAAGGUCGCUCUGAACAAAGCCACAGAGUUUUACGAAUUCAACCUUUCCAUUGUGAAGGACUUGGGGGAUCGGGCAGCACAGGGGCGGACCUAUGGUAACCUAGGUAACACACACUAUCUGCUCGGAAACUUCCAGCGAGCUGUGGUGGCCCAUGGACAGCGUCUCCUCAUCGCUAAGGAGUUUGGGGACAGGGCGGCUGAGAGGAGGGCCUACUAUAACCUAGGCAACGCUUACAUCUUCUUGGACCAGUUUGAAGUGGCGGCUGAACAUUACAAGAAGACUCUGCAGCUGGCCAUGGUGCUGAAGGAUAAGGCUGUGGAGGCUCAGGCCUGUUAUAGCCUGGGGAACACCUACACACUGCAGCAGGACUACCAGAGAGCCAUCGACUACCACCUCAAACACCUUAUCAUCGCACAGGAGCUCAAAGACAGGGUUGGGGAGGGCAGAGCGUGCUGGAGUUUAGGAAAUGCCCACACAGCCUUGGGGAAUCAUCAGAAGGCCAUUCACUUUGCUGAGAAGCAUCUGGAGAUAUCCAAAGAGACUGGAGACAAAAAUGGUGAGGCAACAGCCAGGAUGAAUAUGGCAGACCUGAAGUUAGUGCUGGGUCUGGGUCAGAACCCAAGCUCAAGCCUCAACACCAACAACAGCUCUGUUCUGACUGAGAACCACAGGAAGCAGGAUACCUUACCAGGUGUGAAGUCAGAAGGAAGGAGUAACAGUAUGGAGAACUUGGAGCAUAUAGGACUGGGCCCUGAGAAAACAACUAACUGGGACGAAGAUGUAUUUAGGCCUUCUAACCCUAAAUCCAGCAUGGCCAAGGCCUCCUCCAAACUGUUCUUCAUCAACCGGUUCAGAGGGAAGAAACACAAGAAACACAGCUCUCCUACCAGAGAUGGGGUCCUCCAGGACACCAGCAACAAGCCCACGGCCCGAGAGAUGGACACACAUAAGUCUGGAGUCAAGAUCGGAUGUUCUGACACUCUGGGUGACGAUGGCUUCUUCGACCUCCUCAGUCGUUUCCAGGGCAGCAGAAUGGACGACCAAAGGUGCUCCUUAUUGGACGGCGAGAGCCGUCUCUCCGAUCCCUUCUCUCCCUGUACUACCCCGCCCGUAGCCAUGAGGAAAUCUACUUCCGCAUGCGAGGCCAACCUGGAGCCUGGGCAUUUCCUGGAUCUGCGGGACAGCUCCCAGUGCAGUCGACUGGACGAGCAGAGAGCCAGCGUGGGCAACAGCCUCCCCGGUCUACGUCUCAGCACCUCCGAUCAGUCCAUCAGGCCCCACCCCAUGCUCAGUCGCCUGAUGACCAGUGCUGACCAGCCUCAGGCUGACGACGUCUUCUUUGACAUGCUAGUCAAGUGCCAGGGUUCAAGACUGAAUGACCAGCGGUGUGAAGAACCCCCUCCCUCCACUAGAGGUCCUACUGUCCCAGCUGAGGACUUCUUUAGCCUUAUCCUGCGCUCCCAGGCUAACCGGAUGGACGAGCAGCGGGUCCCACCACCACCCCUAACUGACCAGCUUUAGUCUACUUCUACCUAUCCUCAGCUUCUCUCAGCCCAGAAACCAGCACACCGAUGCAUUCCUCUACCAAAGCCCUAACUGAAAAUGGAUCUACCCCCCAAACUACUCUAGAAAUCAUGGAGUCCUAAUGUACAGAGUUAUUAUUCUGGCAGAGAUUUUACAUACUUUUUUUGUUAUGUUGACUGGGCUUCUUUCAGCCUUUCUCUGUGUGUGAAUGACCCAGACAGUGCAAUAAACUGACAAUUUAACAGAUUUUUCAUAGUUAAACUUGUUUUGUAUCAUAUAUAUAUAAGCUUAUGUUGAUGGAAGAGUUAAAAAAUUGUACAG